UAAUAAACAGUUAGCUGCAUAAACACGCACACCACACAACAGGAAGUUGUUGUUGUUGUGAGGCCUAGUCUUGGCUGAAAUACACGCUGUAGCUGCUAUGCCUCUCCCUCUCCAGUUCGCUCCAUCUCCAGGAUUUACAUAGGCUGAUUUCCGUGGGAAGCACGAAAGCAGCGGCGCCUCCAUGGCAGACUUUCAGGAACGGAGGAAACUACAGAAACGACCCAUCGAAAACUUUUAACGUCACAGUUUUCUCGCGUUUUCCAACUCGGACUCACACUACUUGCACUCUAACUGCCGGAUUUAUCGUCUCGUUGAGAUUGUUUAACUCAGGAAACCGUGUGUUUUCUGGGGCUGUGGCGAUGGCCGGUGGCGGCGGGGUGUCGCCGCUGGGGCUAGCGCCUCCGUUGUGGUAUCACCGGGACUUGAGUCGCGCUGCUGCGGAGGAGCUGCUGGCCCGCGCGGGACGCGACGGGAGUUUCCUGGUUCGGGAUAGCGAAAGUGUUAACGGGGCGUACGCUUUGUGUGUGCUUUUCCAGAAGCAUGUCCACACCUAUAGGGUCCUACCAGAUGAAGAGGGAUUCUUGGCAGUCCAGACUUCUCAGGGGGUGCAGCCUAAGCGGUUUAAGAGCCUCCCAGAGCUGGUCCUGUUGUACCUCCAGCCCAGCCAGGGACUGGUCAGCACUCUACUGUACCCCGUAGACAGAGAGGAGAGCAUCCCAGAGGACAGGGACUACUCAGAUGGGGAAGAUGAGAAGCCACCACUUCCUCCUCGUUCCGCCUCCACACCACCUACAGGCUCCUCCCCAGAGACACCCACCGACAGCGCCCCUGCUGCUAACGGCCUGAGCACCAUUUCCCAUGAGUAUCUGAAGGGAAGCUACGCUCUGGACCUGCAGGCUGUCAAACAGGGAGCCAGCUCUCUACCCCACCUCAACAAGACACUGGUGUCCUCCUGCAAACGCCUCAACGGGGAGGUGGAUAAGGUUCUGUCUGGGCUGGAGAUCCUGUCCAAGGUGUUUGACCAACAGAGUGCCUUCAUAGUGUCCAAGAUGAUACAGCAGUCGGUGAAUCAGGGUGGAGAUCAGGAGUUGGAGAAUCUGGUUACUAAACUGGCCAUCCUCAAAGACUUACUGUCUUCUAUAGAGAAGAAGGCUCUGAAGGCUGUGCAAGAUAUGAGUUUGUCCACUCUCUCCUCUCCUCCUCCUCUCACACGCCACAGCAAAACCAUCCCUGUACAGGCCUUUGAGGUGAAGUUGGAUGUGUACCUGGCAGACCUGACUAAAAUAGGGAAGAGUCAGAAGCACAGUCUGUCUGUGGACGUGGAGGGAGGGAAGCUAGUGGUGAUGAAGAAGAUGAAGGACAACCAGGAGGACUGGAACACCUUCACACACCACAAGAUCCGUCAGCUGAUCAAGUCUCAACGUGUUCAGAACAAGCUGGGCAUCGUGUUUGAGAAGGACAAGGAGAAGAGCCAGAGGAAAGACUUCAUCUUCGCCAGCGCUAAGAAGCGGGAGGCUUUUUGUCAGCUGCUGCAGCUGAUGAAGAACAAACAUUCCAACCAGGACGAGCCAGACAUGAUCUCCAUCUACAUAGGGACCUGGAACAUGGGUUCUGUGCCCUCCCCCAAGGCGGUGGGUUCCUGGCUGUUGUGUCGUGGGCUGGGGAAGACGCUGGAUGAGAUGACCGUAACCAUUCCUCAUGACCUUUACGUGUUCGGAACGCAGGAGAACUCUGUGUGUGACCGUGAGUGGGUCGACUCACUCCGCACCGCACUCAAAGAACACACAGAGCUGGAUUACAAACCGAUCGCGGUCCAGACUCUGUGGAACAUCAAGAUAGCGGUGCUGGUGAAACCAGAACAUGAAAACCGUAUCAGUCAUGUGGGAGUGUCCAGUGUUAAAACGGGCAUUGCUAAUACGCUGGGUAACAAAGGGGCAGUGGGCGUGUCUUUCAUGUUUAAUGGAACUUCCUUCGGCUUUGUGAACUGUCACCUGACAUCAGGCAACGAAAAGAUCGGCAGGAGGAACCAGAACUACCUGGAUAUCCUACGGCUGCUCUCUCUAGGAGAUAAACAGCUGAGCUCCUUUGACAUCUCUCUACGCUUCACACACCUCUUCUGGCUGGGAGACCUCAACUACAGGCUGGACAUGGACAUACAGGAGAUCCUGAACUACAUCAACCGGAAAGAGUUUGAUCCUCUGCUGAAGGUGGACCAGCUCAACCUGGAGAGAGAGAAGAACAAGGUGUUCCUGCGCUUUGCGGAGGAGGAGAUAUCCUACCCACCCACCUACCGGUAUGAACGUGGGUCUAGGGAUACAUACGUGUGGCAGAAACAGAAGGCCACAGGGAUGAGGACUAACGUCCCGUCUUGGUGUGACAGGAUCCUAUGGAAGUCUUACCCUGAGACUCACAUUGUCUGUAACUCCUAUGGCUGCACAGAUGACGUGGUGACCAGUGACCACUCCCCAGUGUUCGGUACGUUUGAGGUGGGGGUCACCUCGCAGUUUGUCUCCAAGAAAGGUCUGCCGAAGUCCUCUGAACAGGCCUAUAUAGAGUUUGAGAAUAUUGAGGCCAUUGUGAAGACGGCCAGCAGAACCAAGUUCUUUAUCGAGUUCUACUCUACCUGCCUGGAGGAGUUUAAGAAGAGUUAUGAGAAUGACAGUCAAAGUAGUGACAACAUCAACUUCCUGCGUGUGGGCUGGACCAAUAAGCAGCUGACCACGCUGAAGCCCCUCCUCUCUGAGAUAGAAUAUCUCCAGGACCAACACCUGCUGCUCACCGUCAAAUCACUGGAUGGAUACGAGUCUUAUGGAGAGUGUGUGUUGGCUCUGAAGUCCAUGAUAGGCAGCACGGCACAGCAGUUCCAUACCUACCUGUCCCACAGAGGGGAGGAGACGGGCAACAUCAGAGGUUCUAUGAGGGUCCGCGUGCCAGCAGAGAGGAUGGGCACCAGGGAGAGGCUCUAUGAGUGGAUCAGUGUGGAUAAAGACACUCAUGUUCUUGUGCCGUCUUUGACACGCAAAGACGUGGGGGCGGAGCUUGGAAAGGUGAGCGAGGAAGUGGAGAGGAGCACCAAGGAGGAGGGGACUGCAGCCAGGGCUAAGCAGGAUUCUGCAGAGGGAGACCCCUCCACCUGUAAAAACAACAGCUACAAUAACCCCGCCUACUACAUCCUGGAGGGCGUUCCUAACCAAUCAGCUGCCUCCCUGUCCUCAGAGCUCCUUCCCACCUCCUGCUCCCCCCCGGCCGGUAAAGCACUCCCGCCUGGAGGGGGCAGAGGAAUGCCCCCUUCAGGGUCAUCCCAACCCCGCAGGCACAACUCGGCUGGGCACCCUGUCCGGCCCAUCAGUGAGGAAGGGUCCCAAGAGGAUGAUGGGAGUGUGGGGGUGGGGUCAGGGGGAGGUGCAGCCCAUGGGGGAGGAGUGGGAGGCACGCUGAACCGUCCUCCUCCUGACUUCCCCCCUUCCCCCCUCCCUAAAGGAGUACUGGAGAUGGCCAACACCUCCUUCUCCAAACCCCGCCCCCUGUACCCCGACCUGGCCGAGGUGAAGAUCCCCACAGCCAAUCCUAGUCCUGCCUUUGUCCUGGGGGAGGGCUUUAGGAGGGGAGCGGGAGGGGCCGGGGGGCUGGACGACCAAUCGUGUUCGGUGCUGCAAAUGGCUAGGACACUGAGUGAGAGCGAGUACCCCCCUCCUCCCCGUGCCCCCUCUGCACACCCGCACCUCAGAGGCCAGGGGUUGGGGGACGCCUGUCGCACCUUCCCUCCCCGAGCCCCCAUCACAGAGAGUAUCGCUGAAGACCUACCAGAGGAGGCGCUGUGGGGAAGCAGUAGCUCGUCUCUGUCUGUGGGAGAGUCGUCUGUGGGAGAGUGGCUACAGAGUCUGGGCCUGGAGCGCUAUGAGGAGGGGCUGCUACACAACGGCUGGGACGACCUGGAGUUCCUCAGUGACAUCACAGAGGAGGACUUGGAGGAGGCGGGCGUUCUAGAUCCCUCCCAUAAAAGGAUUCUGCUGGAGAGCCUGAGACAGCAGAAGUGAGCUGAACCGCUCUGAACCGGUCUGAACCGAUCCAUACUGGGCCAUGCUGGCCCAAACGCAGCUGAACCUAGCCUAGAGACGUGCUAAUCCAUGCCAGACUGUGCCUUGUGAGAGAAAUUGCACUCCCUCCAUUAUACUUUUUGUUGACAAACUGAUUUAUCAAACGUCCCUUUUAAAAUUGUUUAUGUAUUGUGUUGAGUGUACAUUUCUAUGUUAUUAUAACUGCAGCUGUUGUGUUAGCCAGCUUUAUUUAAACAUUUCAGUCCUUUGUUAAGCAUCACAUGGUCCUCUUCCCUGCUACCCCCUAACAGACCCCUGUCCAACACCCCCGACCUUCCUAACAGACCCCUGUCCAACACCCCCCACCCUCCUAACAGACCCCUGUCCAACACCCCCCACCCUCCUAACAGACCCCUGUCUAACACCCCCACCCUCCUAACAGACCCCUGUCCAACACCCCCACCCUCCUAACAGACCCCUGUCCAACACCCCCACCCUCCUAACAGACCCCUGUCCAACACCCUCCACACCCUCCUAACAGACCCCUGUCCCAGCACUCAGCGCCGCCCUAUCAGACCC